UAAUGAUAUAAAACAAAGUGCUGAUCAAAGACCAACUCUUUCAUUAAACAUUGAGGUCUAAAGACUCAAUUAUUAGUUGCUUGAAUGAAUGAUGAUGAUGAGUGGAAGAAACAGCAGCCGGUUUCCUUUUACUGCAACUCAAUGGGAAGAGCUUCAAAACCAAGUUUUAAUCUUCAAGUACAUGGUUUUAGGCAUCCCUAUACCAUCUUAUCUCCUCUUCACCAUCAAAACAAGCUUCUUGGAGCCUCAUCAACAUGAUAAAAUUGGAUGGAAUUGUGGUGGUGAGAUGAGGAUGGUGAGAAAAGUGGACCCGGAACCAGGGAGGUGUCGAAGAACAGAUGGCAAAAAAUGGAGGUGCUCGAAAUUGGCCUAUACCGAUUCAAAGUACUGUGAAAGACACAUGCAUAGAGGCAAGAACCGUUCAAGAAAGCAUGUGGAAGAAGAAGAAGAAGCUAGUACCGGUAUAACAAUGGUGAACCCUUCUUCAACAGCAACCCAAAGCUUGUCUUUAAGCUUUUCUUCCUUUGAAACCCAUGCAUCAACAGAAAAACCCACCCUUUGUCUGUUGGGUUCAAGCUCUUACAGGUUGAAACAAGAGGUGGAUCGUGAGCCUUGUGGGACCAGGAGGAGCUUCUCAGGUUCAUCAAUGGAGGAUGGUACUUCAUGGCAACUUCAAAGCUUGAAACAAAACAAGCAUGAUCAGGAUGAUGGUGACAAAAGAAAACCCAAAAGGAAAAUCCAUCGUUUCAUUGAUGAAUGGCCACCAAAACAUAGAGAUUCAUGGCUUGAUUAUGAUGAUCAUAAAUCAUCAAAAAGUUCGUCAGAUUCAACAACCAAGCUCUCAAUAUCUAUUUCUUCCAGUUUUACAUGAUUUCCGCAUUUUCAAGGUCUGAUAAUGGUAUAUUGGGAAAAGAAAAGGCAUGAACUUGUGAAUAUGGCUGUUUUUGCUUUUAGCUAGCUUUUAAGGGACAUAAAUUUUGGAUUUUCCAGGUGGUUGAAUAUCCAGUGAUGGGUUUUCUGCAAUGGAAGCCAAGAAUUUACUCAGUGGGGUUCACUUGUUUCUGUGAAUUUCAGACUGUUUAUAUAGUCCUUUGUUUAUUAUUUUCUUUUGGCUUUUCUAUUUUGGGUGAGUUUUUUUAAUGAAACAAUGACUUUUUAUCUUCCUGGUUA